GGAGGAGGAGGAGACCUGAGCUCCGGUCCGGUGCCCGGUCCGAGGGCCGGCCGGGGGUGCGUGCAGGAGCAGGCUGCCGAAGGCACAGGAGGUUAGCAGCACAGCACGCCUGCUCCGAGCGGAACGGUUGCUCCGCGGAGUGAAAGCCCCGGCCGGGCCCUGUUUGGAGUGACAGUGCUCUGAGGAAGGAGCUGGUGCCUGGCGGGAGGGGGGUGGAGGCGACCAUGGACGACCAGGGCUGCCCGCGGUGCAAGACCACCAAGUACCGGAACCCUUCCCUGAAGCUGAUGGUGAAUGUCUGCGGGCACACGCUAUGCGAGAGUUGUGUGGAGCUGCUGUUCGUCCGGGGGGCUGGAAACUGUCAGGAGUGUGAUACGCCGCUGCGGAAGAGCAACUUCAGAGUGCAGCUCUUUGAAGACCCUGCCAUUGACAAGGAGGUGGAAAUUCGCAAGAAAGUAUUGAAAGUAUACAAUAAAAGAGAAGAUGACUUUCCCAGUCUAACGGAAUAUAAUGAUUUCCUGGAAGAAGUAGAAGAAAUUGUGUUUAACUUGACAAACAAUGUGGAUUUGGAAAACACCAAAAAGAAAAUGGAUAUGUACCAGAAGGAUAACAAAGAAGUCAUUCAGAAAAACAAGAUAAAACUGACUCGGGAGCAAGAGGAGCUGGAGGAAGCUUUAGAGGUGGAACGACAGGAAAAUGAGCAAAGGCGACUGUUCAUACAGAAAGAGGAACAAAUGCAACAGAUUAUAAAAAGGAAGAAUAAACAGGCACUUUUGGAUGAACUGGAAAGUUCCCAUCUGCCGGCCUCCCUGCUCUUAGCUCAACAUAAAGACAGAUCUACGCAGCUAGAAAUGCAGCUGGAAAAACCCAGACCAGUCAAACCAGUCACAUUUUCCACUGGCAUCAAAAUGAGUCAGCAUAUUUCAUUAGCGCCCAUCCAAAAACUGGCGGAAGCGUUGUAUGAGUAUCAGCCACUGCAAGUCGAGACCUAUGGACCACAAGUUCCGGAAACUGAACUGCUAGGAAGGUUAGGGUGUCAAAGCUUCCCCUUCAGGAGUGCAGUUGUGCUGUGCAGAGCAGUGGAGCAGAUAUCUAAACCAUGUCCGAGCUACCUCUCCACAGGAUCUUGCUGGGGGCUACACUUCCUCCCUUGCUUGUCACCGAGCCCUACAGGAUGCUUUCAGUGGGCUUUUCUGGCAUCCCAGCUAGCCUGCAUACACCGGCCUGUGAGCAGUGGGCACUGGACUGGAGCAACUCAAGCAAACUUCCAGUGAAACUGCUGCCAUCUGCACUAUCCUUAACCUGCUGUCACCUUUUUCAUAUAUAUAUAAAAUACUUAGGCACAGCUGGCUUUACUAAAGUAGUUUUUUUUUUUAAGUCUGCACAAGAGCUUUGUAAAGUGGUGGAUACAUUUUUGUGGAGAGGGAACUCUUUAGUCAUGUGGCACUUUGCUGAGAGGGGCUGAAGCAAUAAGCCACAUCUAAUGGAAGAUGUGAAUAAUUCAGCUAUGGAUGUUUGAGGUUUAAAAAAGAGACUUGUAAAUUUUUUAAAAUAAAACCAGACUUUUUAUUAAA